GAUCCUCUUUAGAGGUGUCGCAAGUCGCAAGUAACAAGUUGUCAACAGUACAGUGUGUUUAUACUCUUUAUUGUUGCUAUAAAUUUAUUAUUGAUAAAAGAAGUAGCUGAUUUUAUUUCGCCGAGAAUUGAUACGAUUGAUUAUUAUAUCGCGUAUUUUAAUUGUUUACUUAUUUAUAGUUAAGAAACUUAUAAUGGAGAAUAAAAAAAUUAGUCAAAAAGAAUAUUUGAGAAAAUACAUAGGCGGUGGUGACGAAAAAAAGAAGAAAAAAAAGAAGAAGCUCAAGACGGGAGCAAAAACAGUAAAAAUUAUAGAUGAUGAUGUAGACUUGAAGAACAUGAGGCCUAUUGAAGAAGGUGAAUUUGAUAUCCUUUUAGAGGGAGAAGAUGCUCCUCAAAUCGCUGGUAUAGUUGACGAACGUGGACCAGUUGAUUUCACAGAUAAGACAAGAUGGAAAAUUAUAACCGAAAACGAUGAAGGCGAUUUAACCAUUGUUAAUCGUACUGUCGAUAAAGAUGAAGAACAGAGAAAUCUUAAUCAGAUAAGUGUCAAGCAGAACAACAAUGAUAAUUUUGAACGAUCAAACCUAUCAAAAGUUAAACACUCUAAGCAUAAACGUAUGGAUUUAAGUCCUCAUGAAUCUAGAGAUAAUAGUUCAGAUUUGAGUCCACCUAGAUUAAAACAGUCUAAAAAUAAACGUACGAAUUCAGAUGAACGAUUGAAAGAUGAUAGUUCCGAUUUGAGUCCACCUAGAUCUAAGCGUUCUAAAGAUAAGCGUACUGACUCACACAAACGAGCUAAAAAUGACGAUUCAGAUUUGAGUCCACCUAGACAAUCUAAAAAUUAUGAUUCAGAUUUAAGCCCAUCUCGAAAGUUAAGAAAUUAUGAUUCCGAUUUGAGUCCACCUAGAAAAUCUAAAAAUUAUGAUUCAGAUUUGAGUCCACCUCGAAAAUCCAAAAAUUAUGAUUCUGAUUUGAGUCCACCUAGAAGCACGAAAUAUCGGACUUCGGGUUGCAGUACAUCUGGACGAAAUUACCGAAGUUCAGGUAACAGAGACAGUGAUUCGGACCUUAGUCCACCUAGAAAAGAUCGCAAGCACAAUCUCGACACAAAUGAAAGCAGAAAGAAUACGAAAAAUAGAGAUUCGGAUUUAAGUACAUCUCGGCGUAACGAAUAUCGAUCUCAAAGAGACCACACGUCGCCACAUUCCACUUCACGAAGAGACAGAGGGCACGAUUAUCAUGAUAAAAAAAGCUCAUCCAGAUCCAGUAGACAAGAUGUAUCAAGCAGGGAUAAAUGGGAUAAGAAAUAUGACGAUAGAGAUGAUAAAUCUCGAUCGCAUUCAAAUACGCACGAGAGAAGAAAAAAGACGCGUUGGAACGAGGAAACAGACGAUUCCGAACGUAGACACACAGGAAAUUCUUCGAAAGAUCACGACGGUCGAGCGACAAAGACGUUAGACGGAAAAACGGCGGGUUUCCAAGCAGCGAAAGCAUUGCGAGAAGAAAUUGAAGCUCAUAAACGACGAGAGGCGGAGCACUUUAGCAAGCUAAGUAAAGAGAUCACUGGCGAAGGGCAAGCUGCGACUGUGCGUGACAAAACAAGAAGAAAGCGAAAUUCGGAGAAGGAAGCGGCGGAGAAACGAGAGCAGGAAAUGAAACAACGAGAGAUAAACGAGAAGUAUGCAAAAUGGGGUAAAGGCUUGAAACAAGUGGAAGAUUACGAGGAAAAAUUGAAAAGUGACUUGUACGAGAUGCACAAACCUUUGGCGAGAUACGCGGAUGAUGAGGAUUUAAAUAAACAAUUUAGAGAACGAGAGAGGGAAGGCGAUCCUAUGUUGGAGUAUAUAAAACGAAAACAAGUAAAGGAAGGAAAAAGAAAGCCAGAUUCGCCACAAUAUCAAGGUUCAUACGCGCCAAAUCGAUUCGGUAUCAAGCCCGGUCAUCGAUGGGACGGGGUCGAUAGAAGUAAUGGAUACGAGAAGAAGUGGUUCGAGGCGCAAAAUGCAAAAGUAGCGUUACAAGAAGAUGCCUAUAAGUGGAGUACAGCCGACAUGUGAUCAUGUUCACAUAUAAUACUAUAGCAAAAGUUUCCCAUUUUAUUCCAUUGAUCGUUAGAAAAGAGUCAAUAAAGAAGAUUUUAUAAACGUUUCGACAAA